AUGGGUUUUUUCGAAGAAAUAACACACAACUAUGGAUCCGUAACAACAAAGGAAAUGAAAUUAUGGAGUACUAACAACAAGAAGAUGGCUGCAGCUUUAAACAGACGAAUAUUUCUUUUGGAGUGCAAACGACAAGGACUCACACCAAAACACAUAACAUCUAAUUUAAAAAGUAUAAUGGGACUAUUUGAAUACGGAAAUCAACGAUUAAAUAAGAAAAUACGGGAAUUCAAUGAUGUCACAAAGAAGAAAAUUUUAAACCUAGAACUGUGUCAGGUUAAUCAAAAAAUAAGAAGACUACAAAUAGAAAAUGAUAAAACAAAACACAGGUUACGACAUCUGCCAGAAUACAUUCUCAAAGAAUAUCAACGCAGACUAGAGAUCUCGUUUAAUAGAGAGUUUCACGUAAUUAAAGAAGCCAAUAUAAGAAAAAUUAAUAACCUCAAAAACAACAGUAUUUCUAACUUCAAAACUCAAGAAAAAUGGAUUAAAAAUCUAUCCAGUAAAGAAUUACCGAACACAGUUGAAAAUCUUUUGUCUUUAGGAUCCAAAUUCAGUAUCCCAACUACAAAAAAAGACGUCAACAUCGAUCGUAUAAUAGCAGACACCGAAUAUAUUUUGGAAGCCAUACCAGCUGAAAGAAAAGAUAUACAAAGAGCAAAGGUUACAAAUGUAGUAACAAAUUAUAUCCAUAAACCCACUGAGCAAAACAAUUUAACUCAAGGAUGGUAUAGGGAAAGCAAAAGGUUUUUAAAAGAAAAUAAUGAUCUAGUGGUGUUGAACAGUGACAAGGGUGCAGUGACGGUCAUAAUGGAGGAGAGAGAUUAUAAUGAGAAGAUGAAAGCUAUCGUACAGUCAGAAAAUUUCAAGAGACUACCUAGAGAUCCUACCCAGACAAUACAAACAAAAUGUAAUAAGUAUAUAGACAGACUUGAAAAACUGAAAUACAUAACGAAAGAACAAGCAAAAACAAUGAAAACAUACAACUCAGUUGCUCCAAGAAUCUACGGAAAUCCUUAA